CGGAAAUGGUUGCAACGCAAAACAAUCGAGUUCAUAGUUAAACUAGAAAUGGGGAGAUCCGUGAUGAGCAUAGGUCUCUUGGUGUUGGGCUGCCUGGUGUGUUCCGCCGCAGCAUGUGAGCCUACAGAGCCAGGCACCGGCGAGAACAACGUCCAAGCUCGUCUAGUUGACUUCAUGCCCAACCAGAACAACUGGAACUACCCUGACUACGCUGCUUGCAUCGACUUGGAUGGCAAUAAGCCCAUCGAGUGGCGCCAAAGAUACGGAUGGGCCUCCUUCUGCGGGAGAGUAGGUCCUCGAGGGCGAAACUCUUGCGGCUGUUGUAUAAAGGUAACCAACUCGGAGACGGGAGAGUCGGUGACAGUGAGAGUUAUACAUACUUGCGGCGGCGAAGCCAUGGAUUAGACAAGGAGACGGCGUUCUCUCAUAUUGAUCCCACCGGUUCAGCCAACGCUCUUACUGUGAACUAUGAAUUUGUGGACUGCGGGGAUUCUGCUCAUAUCUCGCUUCCUGUGUACCGCCAGUAAGAGAAUUCCCCACUCGGUUUUUCAUGCAUGAAAUAAAGUCUCAUCUCUAAGGACUAUCGUGUAGUAAUAAGUAUGUUGCUGCAGGAAUCAUGAAUUCCUUCUUUUGUAAUAUCCAGAGUAAUAACGAGUGCUGGGAGUUUCUUUUCGGUCAAGAUGUAAA